CAUGGGCUUCAAGCAGCAAUCCCUCCCCAUCUGAGACAUUCUAUCUUAUCAACAUCCCUUCCCCCUCCUUCUUUCAGAGUCUCCGCUCCCUCUCACUCUCGGGUAUCAUACCGAGCCAUACCUGACCGAAACCCGGGCUGACACCCUGUGGCUUUGAAACGCAGUACACAGACCUCCUGUUGUGCCAGCAAGCUUCACUAGUAAUUCCCUGACAGACAGGCUCGCAUUUGUCCCGUCCACCGAAUAUCUAGAUGGAUGGAGCCAGCGAAUGAGGACAUUGGCUCCGUGCCUCCGCACCAACCUCGCCCUUCUUCGCCUACCCAAUCCUCGACUCCUCCCCCGGACAUCAUAAACAAUGGUACUAUAGCUGCAACCCUUUCGGACGGGGUCGCUGUGAGCAAUGGUUCGGUCCUUCCUCGGGCACAGGACCUCUCGCACAGGGACCGUCCGGUGUCCGGCAUAGUUCCGCCGUAUUGGAGCCACCAUAGAAACGCAUCCAGAGCUUCACACCUCUCUAUUGACCAGGCGCCAGGCAUUACACUUGAGGACCAUACAGAGGAUCCGGACUGUGAGACUAGUCGUGGGUUAUGGGCGAAAAGUGUUGUUGUCGAUGAUCAUGUCGUCGUCCAAGGCAAGACAGGUAUCGGAUCCUAUGUAGUAUGGAAUUGCAGGAUACAAACACUGGAUGGUGGUCCCAUCACCGUCCGUUUAAGGUACUCGGAAUUCGACGACUUGCGACAACGAUUGGUGGCAUCCUUCCCACAUGCGAAGAAUGCCCUGCCUCCUCUUCCUCCCAAGAGCGUCAUAUUCAAAUUUCGCGCUUCAUUUCUCGAGUCCCGCAGGGUUGGUUUGGAAUAUUUCUUGAACUGUGUCCUCUUGAACCCUGAAUUCUCCAGCUCACCAGUCGUCAAGGACUUCUUGUUCGGGAGACUGUGUUAAUCUCAGCACAUCACUGAACUUAAUAUCUAGCUACACCUAUCUUAUAUAACGGACUCGACGAUGUUACGCCAGCCUCGGAUAAUAAUUGCAUUUGAGUGAUCAGCAAAGUAGGGACAACCAACCCUGCAAAUGUAGGGUCGAAAUUGACUAGACAUGCGAUAGUACUAAUGCAGCCUUUGAGCUAUAUAUUAAUGCGCAAAGUUUACCACAUUCAUGUGGAAGGUAGCAGAUGCAUCUUCACCUGCAGUUGAGGAGCUCUUCCUGCUCGCCUACACUGAAGUAUAUGGUCAAAGCUCUGAGAGGCUUAAAGACUGCUAAUAUUUUUCUCCACAAUUCGUCCAUCAGAUGCUAUAUGUGACCGCCAUUUUCCCUAUUACGGGUAUGGCCGAUUGAUUGACUUCUAGCUCUGUACUCAGAAUAAUCAUGACAUGACCUCUCAACGCGUCAGCCACCUUGCACUGCAGGCAUGCGAGAAUUGCGACGUUGUUGUUACAUUUAGUUGCCCCCGCCAUCCGAAAUGCAUAUGCACGGUAUAUUUAAUCUGAAAUCAAGGAUUUAAUUUAGCUUCAAGGGCCAUAUAUGCAUGUACGGGGGCCGUGCAGUAUCAAAGUCCAGAGCAUCUCAAUCCCUCCUAAUAAAUACACAAUCAUAU